GUGACAUCAUCGCUACCUAGUGGACCUGCUUUUUACAAUUUUCUUCAGAUAAAGAGGUGAGAGAAGGAGGGGGGCUACAAGGUCUCUAAUUUCUCUCUCUCUCUCUCUCUCUCUCUCUUUUACCUUCUUGCCCUUUUUUAUCAUUGCGAAGAAAGAGUGAUACAGAGGAGUUAAAAAGGAACAUUCUCUUUCAAAAAUAUUAAAUAAUGUGAUAAGUUCUCUUUCUUUAUACGAGUCGUCGAGCGACGGUCUUGUGCGGUGAAUUUCAUUGAAUAUUAAACACAAUACAAUCGUGAUGUUAAAAUUAUUCGUUUAGACUAUCAGUGCGCUAUUUACAUCCUCGCAUUUACUCUCUCGGCCUUGACAAACUUUUUCAAUGAAUACAACGUGAGUGGACUCCAGAGACAAGAAACCCUCCACUAGAGGCCAGCGGAGGGUCUCUUGUCUCUGGUGGACUCACAUGUGCUCUCUACCACCAGUUCUUCCGAAACCAGGAUUAGCGCGGCCUAUUUGAAUUUUUUUGUACUAUUCACCCGGGUACACGGCAUACGCCGCACACACCUGGUUAGUGUCGCUAUCUAUCGGCUGAAACUUUAAGCGCUGGAUUGGUUUCACCGAUGCCCGUUUGCGGUGUUUUUUGUUGACUGUGUUAUCAAAAUUUCUGUCAUAACAACAUUCUCGAUUUGAAAGUGUUUCAGACCUUCGCAAUGUACAGUCAUUAAAAUCAAACAGGAACCCGCGAGCCACAGAGGUUGACCAUUAUGUUCAUGGAAAAUCGUAAUGCCAAUAUGGAUGAAGGAAACGCCUCAGAAAAUUACUUACGGAAGCCAAUCUUGCGACUGAUAAAAUGCGAAGUCGAAAUCGUGGGCGAUCGUGAACACACAGCGAUUGACCAUAAACACAUAACUGUUCCUUUGCUGACGAAAAUUAAAACAGAAAUUGACGAAGACAGGAAUCCACUUGCAGGUAUAUCAAAUAUACCCCCAGUUACAUUUGAUUUGGUCGUGAAAAAAGAAACUGAAAGUGAACAGCCAAAUCGAAGGGACAAACAUCCCGUCCAUCAGACAAAAAUCAGGGUGAAAGAAGAGUUCGUGGGAGACAAUACCGAUGAGGAUUUAGGAGGCUCUCCACGAGAAAGUGAAGUUUCACAGGAGCGACAGAAUUCAAUGGCCCCUCUCAGAAUACCUGAUCAGGAAUCACCAUUACACGACCAUUCAAGUGUGAUAGAAGCUGCCCAAAGUGUUGUUCAUCCUUAUCAUUUCAAUGAAAUUUUACCAGGCCAACGUAAGUUGGUUGUUCUUCUCAAAAAACUUGACCCAAAAUUGUUACACAAUCAUCAAAGGGUGCCGGCAGCUACUAUGAAUGCCAAUAAUUCUGUUCCAAGCUCUCAGUCAAAAAAGAAGGAUCCUGUCAUGAAUUCUUUCAUUCCUUCUCUUGACGAUUCGGUCCUGGAAUACCCCAAAACUGAGCGACGGAUCAAGACCCCUCGUAAAUCAUUGGGAAAAAGACGUGUAAAUUCCAAACGACGUGAGAAUUUCAACCAACAGGAGAAAAGAGAAAUUGUAUCAAACCAGGAUGAAAAGCACCACCCCCAGUCUCA